GCAGCAGCAACAGCAAAAACACCAACAACCAAAUGAAACAGCAACAACAACUCAAGGCGGCUUUCCACGUGUGUGUGUGUGAACAACAACAACAACAAGCGAAAAACUUUAGAAAAACUUACAACAACUUUUUGGACUUGGAGCAUUUUUCGAUCACAAAAGCCUAAAAAUUAUUUUGUGUUUCCCCCCCAUUUUCGUCGUCUUAAAAAAUCAUUUAACAAAUAUAUACAAAAAACAAAAGCAAACCACAAAAACCAACAACAACAACUAAAACCAUGCUCUAAGGUUGUGUUAAAAGGAAACUUCUCCUAUUUUGCAACUUCAUUUUCUGAUUUUCCAAACAAAAUUACAACAAUUUUUUCCAAGUGAAAAUUUUGUGCGAACCGCAACAGUAACAAAAAACAAAACAAAAAAAAAUCAAGUGGAAAUAAACAAAAUUUCAAUUUUAAUUCAAUGCAAACAGCAAGUGCAACAUCAUCAACAACAACAACAAAUUCACCCAAAACAACAACAAGAACAGCGGCAACAACAACCAAACCAACAACAGCGAGAACAACGUUUUGAAACUGCGGUGUUUGGCGUUUAUGCAUAUUCUUCAAAAUUCCAAAUUUCAACGAAGAAGAAAGCGUGUAAAACUCAAAGAGAAACCAGCAAAAAGAAACCAAAAAUCUAAUGGCAAACAAAAUUCAUACAAUACGCAAUCUCGGCUAAUCGAAAGGCAACUCUACCAAGAUCAACUCUAACCAACAAGACGAACACGCUACAACUCUGGCAGCGCUCUCUGGCUAAUAAUAUACAAAAGAAAAAGAAAACAAGGAAUCAAUUUGAAUAUUCUCUCUAUCCCUCUCUAAUCACACACGCACACGCAUCUGUCUCUCUCUCUCACACACACACACACAAACACCCACAAAUUCAACCAACUGGACCAAUUAAAUGUUUAUGGAUACAACAACAACAACAACAUCAACAACAACAUCAACAACCACCACACAAAACAAUUAGAUAUCACAGAAUAUUUAACCAAAAUCGAAGUAAAACAAUUUGAGUUUCUUGGGGCAACAAAACUAAAAAAAAAAAUAAGGUAAAAACUUUCGAACUUGGAAAUAUUUUCAAAUUUUCGGUAAAGCCCCAUCAAAAAGGUAUAAAUAACAGUGUUGUAAAACAGCCUCCAAAUUACUAUAUUUCGGUGUGCGAAAAUUACAAAAAUAUUUACAAAAAGGCGCAGAAGAUAGUCUCAGAUCAGUCAACAAGAACAACAACCGGCAAACAACUGCAGCGACAACCAAUAACAACAACAACAACAACAAGUACAGCAAAUACAACAACAUCCUGCAACAAACAACAAUCCAAAAUCGACGAAGACGACGGCCCCCGACAAAAAUCAAUUGGAAAAUUGAAACUUAUGGAUUGCUGGACGGGUAACGCCCGACUGGCGAGUGUUUUAGUUUAAGCAGCGUAAGCUGUCACCGACAUGGGCAGUGAGCACUACUGCUUGAGGUGGAACAAUUACCAAUCCAACCUGUUAGGGGUGUUUAGUCAAUUACUACAAGACGGGAGCCUGGUGGACGUCACACUAGUUUGUUCAGAGGGCACAUCCAUCAGAGCCCAUAAGGUGGUCCUCUCGGCUUGUUCCUCGUACUUCCAGAGCCUGUUCCUGGAGCACCCCGAAAGACAUCCAAUUGUGAUAUUGAAGGACGUCCGUUUUGCCGAGCUGCAAACCUUAGUUGAAUUCAUGUACAAGGGCGAGGUGAACGUGCAAUACUGUCAGUUGUCCGCGCUGCUCAAGACAGCCGAAUCCCUAAAGGUCAAAGGCCUCGCCGAGAUGACGAACCAGAACACGACGCUGCGUGAACCCGAACGGGAACCGGACCGUUUGCGUCCACAGGGUGGCGGUGGUAGUGGCGGCUCCGCUCACAAGGCGGCCGAUAGUCCGGCAACAGCACUCGAUGCCACAGCGGCAACACAGGCGGCGGCUGCUACGGCAACGGCAACUGCGGCGGCGGCAACAUCGACCUCAACCUCAGCAAUAUCUGCGGCGGCAUCUACAGCAGCGACAGCAGCAACAUCUGCGGCAACAACGGCGACGGCGGGGAGCAGCAGCAGCGGCAGUAGUAGUACAACCACAACGGCGGCAACCACAACAGCAACCUGUGCCACAUCAGCAACAUCCACGGCAGCAACAUCCUCGGUGACAGCAGCAACAUCCGGUGUUGCGCACUCGGAGGAGGCAACAUCAUCCUCAUCGGGCGGACAGAAACGGGAGGCAAGCGAUCGCUGCAGUCCCACGCCUGCUAAACGCUCCUCCCGAAUGCAUCCGACGGACAAGGAGGAUUUAACGGAGGACCGAGAUCAAGAGAGAAAUCAAGCGGAUGAGCUGCUAACCGAAGAGUUGUUGGGUCGCAACUUAAAAGACGAGGAGGAUGACGAUGUGGAGGAGGUGGAUGAUCUGGACGAGAAUGAGGAGACGAUGCUGAGGGGUCAAGACGAAGAGGAAGAAGACGAAGAUGAAGAGGAUACGCCACUGGAUCUUCAAAGACCUAAUGUCGAGCCAAAAAGUGCAGCAGCAACAGCAGCCGGAACGCAGCAGGGCGGCAGCAACAACCUAAGCGGCGGCAGCAGGAACACUUGCAAUACCAAUAACAGCAGCAGCGGCAGUAGCAGCAAUAACAACAAUAAUAAUAACAACAACAACUCCAGCAGCAACAACAACAACACUAAUAGUGGGAAAACCUCAGCGGCUAGCAAUGGCGGUACUGCAACAUCCGGCGGUACAGCGGAUUCGGUGGUUGCUGUAGAUGACGAUGACGACGAUGAUGGAGAUCAUCACCAUCAUCACCAGCGACAAGCGGACGAUCGUUUGGAGCAGGAUGUCGAUGAGGAAGAUAUGGAUGAUGAUGUGGUUGUCGUGGGCACUGCCACCACCGCGAUGGUCAGGGGCUUUGCCCAGUUGGCACACCAAAACUUGCAGAGGCUCCACCAUACAACGCACCACCAUUCGCAGCACCAUCAACAUCCGCAGCACCAUCAACACCCACAGCACCAUCAUCAUCCGACGCACCACCAACAGCAUUCGGAUGACGAGGAAGCUAUGCCCGUGAUUGCCAAGAGCGAAAUUCUCGACGAUGACUACGACGAUGAAAUGGAUCUGGACGAUGAUGAUGAGGCGGACAACAGCAGCAAUGAUCUUGGUCUCAAUAUGAAAAUGAGUGGCGGUACGGGCGGCGGUGGCGUUGAUUUGUCCACUGGUUCCACCCAGAUACCUUCCCCCCUGAUAACCAUGCCAUCUUCAUCGGCGGCAGCGGCAGCCAUGGAAUCGCAACGCUCCACACCGGCCAUGUCGUCGGUACAGGGAGCUGGAGCGGGCGCCUCUGACCUCAGUAUUGGCGGCUCUGGCGGCCGGCCGGCGUCAAGAAGUUCUCGCGACGGUGGCGGUAAUGAUGGCAGAGGUGGAGCAUCUUCGUCCAGCCUGUUAAGUCCCGGAACCGUGGCCAAUCUUCUGCCCGUGCAAUCGGUGCCAUUGAGCCUCAAAAAGGAGAUCGAUUGCAGUGAGGAUGACAACAGCAGUCACAGCAGACACAUGCAACAGCGUUCGGCAUCAGCUGGCGGCGGCCUGGGCGGCGACCUUGACUACCGCGCCUCCCACGAGUCGGAAACGUCCGAAUCGCCCCACCAACAACAACAGCCCCCACCACACGCUGUGGGCGUUGGGGCGGGCGGUGCCUCAGCGGCCGCAGCAGCCGCCGCUCUGCUGCACCAACAGCAACAGCAGCAGCAGCGUACCCCACACAGCCCCCCGCCGCCGCCUUUGCACAUGUUUCCGUGCCUCUACUGCCACAUGGCCUUCCCCAACAAAUCGAAACUCACCCGCCACCUGCUGACGCACUCACUGAAGACGCUCGAGUUCCGUGAACCGCCCACAACGGCAUUGCUUCAUUCGCAUCUCCUUGGCGAUCUCAAUAUGGCCGCCGCCGGUCUACCAUCGCCGUUUGCCUUCCAGAUGAACGCGGCCGCAAUGGCGGCAACUUCCGGCAGUGAUACACAGGAACAAGUUGCAGCGGUUGCUGCUGCCUUUGGCAUUGAUAUGGAAGCGGCGUUCCAAAGUUUGACGGCCAGUUGCCUGGAUGCAAGCGCCAUUGUUAGUGGUGGUGUUGGUGGUCAGGGAGCUGUGGUCCGUUUGGCCACAUCCGCUGGAAAUGGCGGUGGCCUGAUGCUAGGAAGCGGUAGCGGCGGCAGUGGCAGCGGAUCGGGGGCUGGAGCGUUAACGGGUGGCAGCGGCGGCGGUGGCGGUAGCAGCGUUGGUGGUGGUGGUGGUGGCAGUGGUGGCGGUACAGCCACUGGCUCUUUGUCGCCAUCAACAUCUGCCGCAGCGGCAGCAGCAGCAGCGGCGGCGGCGGCAGCGGCGGCCGCAGCACAAUCGCAAUCAGCGUCGCUGCUGGGCGCCGCGUCCAGUGAUCCGAAUAGUGUUGUCAUGUGUAAGUUCUGUGCUAAAAGUUUUCCCGAUGUUACAUCACUGAUCACGCAUUUGUCGGUACAUACAGGUGAUCGACCAUUUAAAUGUGAGUUUUGUGGCAAAGCGUUUAAGCUGCGCCACCACAUGAAAGAUCAUUGUCGCGUGCACACCGGCGAACGGCCAUUCAGAUGUAAUAUGUGUGGGAAAACAUUCUCGCGCUCAACGAUACUCAAGGCGCACGAGAAAACGCAUUUUCCGAAAUAUGUGCGCAAGUUUUUGUCACCCAGCAGCCCGGUCGAUACAAAGGAUGAGUUGCCGCAAUAGUGAAACGAUUUUAGUUUGUUAUUAAAUUAUUAUUAUUACUACUAUUACUAUUAUAAUAAUAACAAUAACAACAGCAACAAUAACAACAACAAUGCAAACUAUUUGCAAAACACCACGACCAACAACAACAACAACAACAACACCAACAAUUUCAAUUACAACAACAAUUGAUGAGGACGAUCCAAAACAAGAACUUUGACUUACUUAAGGAGGAAAAUGAUAAAGCAGGAAUAUGAGGAGGAAGAAGAGGAGGAGAGACCAAUACAACAAAACAAAACACCAACAUACACCAACCCAGCCCAAUACACACACAGACACACACACAACCACAUAUAUGUAUAUACCGUUGAAUCCAUGUAUAUACAUAUGUAUAUAUUUUAUUAAUUAUGUAAAACGAGGCAUCAGUUCGAAAAGUUCUGAUCGAACAGAAACUCUAGCAAAUAGGAAAGAGACAGCAAAACACCAACACACUUACACACACACAGACACAAUAGAGCAGGCAGGCUAUAACCGUACACAAAACAUCUAUAUAUAUAUAUAUUAAUAUAUACAUUAUAUACAAUAAUUAUAUAGCAGCAUAUUGUCGAAUUGUUGAAGUUUAUACCAAGAAGCAAACUUGUUUUUUUUUUGAUGAUGAUAGGGAAGAUGAUGAUGAUACAGGAUGAGUCUUUGGAGACAGAAAAAACUAUGAGGGAAUGAUAUAUAUAUAUUCCCUUUUUUUUUGGAUGGCAUGAAAAAAAAAAGAAGAAUGAGUAACGUUUUUUCUACCCAGGCAGAAUAGAGAGAACGAGAAGAACAGCUAAGGCGAGCGUGAGAGUUGUAGCAGGAAUCUAAUAAAAAUGAUAUAUAUAUACAUAUAUAUAUGAUAUAUAUAUUUUUCAAAAGUAUAUGUUAGAGAAUGUAAGACAUAUAGGCAAGAAUGAAAAAGCGCAAAAAAAAGAAAAAGUGAAAAGAAAUUUACAAAAAAUACUUUGAAGAAAGAAAAAAAACAUAAAAAAUUGCUAAACCUAUAUAUGAUGAUAAAAAUUGAUCUAAUUGAAUACGAUUUAGUAAUGCUAAACAAUAGCGAUUUAGCGAUAACGAUAACGAUAAACAUAAACGUAAUGAAAAGAACAGUGAACACACGUGAUGUAACUUUUUAAGUAGCAGCCGAAGCCGAAGGAUCCGAUAACGUAGAAUGUUGACGAUGAUAAUAAAGCGUUAAAGUAGCUUAAAGUAAACAUAAAACUCCCCCCCUCCCCUUCUCCAGCCCCCAUAACACUAGCAAAACAAAAACACAGACACACACUCUCAAAAAUCAGUAGAAGCAAAGUGAACUGGUGAUGAAAACACACACACACACACACAACAACACCAUCAAAACAAUCCAAAUUCGAGUAAAAGCAAAGUGAACUGGGGGACACAUCCGAAAUUUAAGCAAAUUCAUCAAAUGUAGCAUACUUUUGUGCGACUUCGGUUUUAACUUUUUCGAACAAGUGAACGCAGUAGAACAUACAUAUCCCCCCUACAAAAUACACCAAACAACAACAAAGAAAUAAAGGAAACCAAAAGAAAAACAGGCUGGAUCGGCUACAGAUCGAAUCGCUAUAUAGAGGACUCUUUUCGAUAGUGAGUUUAGUGCAACUUUAGGCAACCCCUGAACCCCCCUCGCUCACACACACACACACACACGCGUAUAUUGUACACUCACAGAACUUAUUAUAUACAGUAACAUAUACAUAUAUCUAUAUACAAUAUUUAUAUAUCUAUAUAAAACCAGAUGCAGAAACCCGAAAUGAGACAUUUUUUGGAAUUCAGAUAAAAUUUGAAAGCGAAAAAAAAGUAAGAAAAUGAUAAUGAAACAGCAGCAGCAGCAGAAUUACAUAGAAUAUCUGUGAUCUUAACGAUAUUUAUAUAAAUCUUAUACAUAAACCAAAAAAUAUAUAUAUAUAUGUAUAUGAGUAGUAGAGGGAAAAAAAACAACCACACACACACACACAACACACACUAGGAAUACCAACUAAGUGUAGGCUGUAGCGAAGAAAACAGAAGAUUUGGCUUAAAGAUCACCCAAAAACUCACAUAUUUUACUUUUCUAAUUUUUGUUUACCAAGUUUACUUUGCUUUGAAGAAAAGAAAAGAAAAAAAAAGAAAACCACAAACCCUUUUGGCUUUUUCGAUAAUGAAAUGUGCUAGUAACUAAAGCAGAAGGGCAAGCUUAUAAGUAAUUAUAGAACUUUUUUUGUGUUAUCACGUUAUCACGAAUUCUUCUCUGUACUUUGGCUUGAAGGGAAGACGAAGCUCUGAAUAUUCUCGCUGAGAAAACCUUUUCCAUCCAAUUAAGAAGUGCUUAGCCCGGCAACAACAACAGCAAACGAAACAACAAGAAAUGCAAAUCGAUCUCAAAAUUAUAAACAAAAUGAAAACAAAACAAUUAUCUAUAAAAAAAAAAAAUAAACACAAAACCAAGGAAGUUUGUGAAAAACUUUUGUGGCUAGGGCUAAAAGCGUUUAAAUCGAGGAAAAUAUAUAAUCAAUUAACUGCGGUUGGGGCAAAGAUUUUUUCUCAAUUCAAUUUUUUUUUUUUUUUUUUUUUUGGCAACGAAUUGGGAACAGAAAAAAAUUAACAAAUUUUUAAAUAAGAAAGAUAUUAAGAAGAAAAAAGAAAGCAACAACAAACGCACACUAUAAGCACGCUAGGCAAAAUUCAAAAUUCUAAAUUUUAAACCAAAAAAAUAAAAAAGCGAAAACUUUUUGGCAAAACAAACAAAAAACGCAAAAAAUGGAAACAAACACACAAAAACUUUUGGAUUAAACAAUUUGGCUGUGAUAGCAUUACAAGAAUAGUAAAUAAUUAAUAAAAAAAUAUUUAACCAAAAACAAAAAA